CGCGAGACGAUCUUUCCUGCGCGUUCACUCGGUUCGCCUGUGCAACCACCAGGAAAACCGAAUUCUUAUCUUGCUGUUGAAAAAGUGCUCUCUCUCUUUUCUUUCUUCUUUCAUCUUCAUCUCCCUCAUCUCCCCUUUUUCACCUCCCUCAUCCUGUACAUAAAACUGCCCACAGCCAUGUUUGGUUUGAAGAACACCCUCAAGGCCCUUUUCUGUGGCGCCCUCGUCCUCGCCUCAGUCUCUGCUGCACCCCUUGUCGAGACCCCCAACGUUGCCGUCUCCGCAGAGUUCCCUAAUGCCAUUGAAGGCUUGAACCCCACUUUGGUCUCGGGAGAACCCAACAAGUUGAAGGUCACCUUCCGCAACACCGGCAAGACCGACCUCAAGGUCAGCCUGAUCGUCGGCAGUGUUGCCGAGAGCGACGACUACACCAACGUCAUUCGCAACCUGACCUCGUACAGAUACGAUGCUACCCUCAAGGCCGACGCCACCCUGGUCUUGCCCUACACCAUCAGCAUGGACCAUGCCUCGCGUGAGGUUGGCUUGACCCUAAUUGCCGAUAUCGUUGACUCGUCUAAGAGUCAUUUCCCUCUCCUCAUCCACAACGGCACCAUCACCUUUUCGGAGCCCAUGCAGUCCUGGAUCGACUUUCAGUUGAUCUUCCUGUACGUUUUGAUUGCCGGUGUCUUCGUCGCCGCUGGCAUGUUCAUUAAGGAUUCAAUGGCUCCCGAAACCAAGAAGACCGUUAAGAAAAUCCCUGCUAUGACCCCUGAGGAGCGCGAGGCUGCUUUGGAGAAGAUGAAGGUUUUGGAUGAGGACUGGAUCCCUGAGCACCACAAGAAGUCCCCUCGUGUCACUAAGAGACGUUAAGAGUAAUCCAGAGAUCGGCAGUUCUACCUCGUUGUGUCAUCCUUCUUUCUUAGCUGCAUAUGUGUGUAUCAUAUAUAUAUCUUUAACCGUUUUUUAAUAUAAAGCAAGUCGAUCCUGAA